GCAUUAGAUUUCAAUUAGUGAAGAUGCUGUGGCAAAGCUUUGUAUCUUUCUUAUUUUUAUUGACUUUCAUAGCUGCCAAUGGGUCAAGCAAUGUAGAUGAUAUAAAAUUGUCCGAUCAUAUUCUAACCACGGAGCUGUUAACUAAUUUAACACAUUACCUGGAACUCAAUACUCAAUACUACACGACACUUGAUGCAAAACUUCUCAAAUUUGUGGAACAAUUUAAAAAAGCAAUAGAUGAAUCCAUAAAAGAAUUGGACGAUGACGAUGAUGAUAAGGAAGUAGAAGUUCAAAAACCUGAAGCAUGUGCAGAUAUUAACAACUCAACCGGGGUUUAUCAAUUGUAUCUAGAAGAUUUUAUUGAAAAGCCAUUCUUUGUGUAUUGCCAAAAAGAUUCUGAAGAUGAAUCUGCUUGGACUGUUAUACAACGUCGUGAAGAUGGUUCCAUAAAUUUCAAUCGUGAUUGGGCAGAUUAUAAGAGAGGUUUUGGAAAUAUAUAUGGAGAA